AUGUCCAUCCCAAAAAUCUACUGGGAUUUGACUACAAAAAGAAUUUUAACAAUGGAAUUCAUACAUGGUGUCAAAAUUAAUGACAUUGAUGGAUUAAAAAAAAUUGGUGCAGAUCCUAAUUGGGUUCGUAAUAUAUUAUUAGAAAUAUUUGCAGAAAUGAUAUUUUGUCAUGGAGUGAUUCAUUGUGACCCACACCCUGGAAAUGCUCUGGUGACAAUUUCUCCUAAAACCAAAAAACCUCAAAUUGUUCUUUUAGAUCAUGGAUUGUAUAGAGAAUUGUCUGAUGAUUUUCGUAAAACUUAUUGUGAUUUAUGGAAAGCUCUUGUUCUGAACGAUUCCAAUGCUUUGAAAGUUGUGUCUGAAUCUUUGGGUGUCCCUCAAUAUAUUCAGUUUCUUCCAUUGAUUUUUGCUCAACGUAUCUCCGACUCUUCCACACCUCUAGGUGAAGACAUGUCUCUUGAAGAAAAAAAUAUUGUUCGUGAUCAACUUCAUAAUAUAACUUUAAGUGAUUUCUUUGACUUUCUAGAAGCAUUACCACGUGAUAUGUUACUUGUUUUUCGUACUAUUAAUCUAGUUCGAGGUAUACAUCGUCAACUUGGUGGUAGUUCGAUUGAAAGUUUUAAAAUGAAUGCAUAUUAUGCUAUUCGAGGAUCAUGGUGUGAAACAAGAGAGGAAGAAUUUAGCAGAGUUGAUCAUGCAAAUAAACUUGGAAUAAAAGGUGAUGAAUCUAUGAUUGGCCCAGUACACAAAUGGUACUUGUUUGGUAGCACUCCGAAUUUUGCUAGAAGUUUAGGUUUCAUCAAGGAUCUUAUAGUUUUAACUGUGCGAAUAUAUAUGGCUGAAAUUGCUAUUAGGAUUUGGAGAUGGUGGUAUUUUUUUUCAAGAUCAAUAGGAUCACCUUUAGUGAUCAGUUUAUAG